ACUCGACGGAAGUGGGACAAAUGAAGUUCGCUCUCCUCAGCUGAUGAUGGCGGAUGUUGAUGUUGAAAAGGACAGCAUGAAGAAUUACCACAUAGCCUCCGAGAAAAUCAACCCAGCGGCCAGCCGCUACCCGUACUGCAUUGUCUGGACACCCAUCCCCGUGUUAUCAUGGUUGUUUCCAUUCAUUGGUCACAUGGGAAUCUGCACCUCAACCGGAGUCAUCAGGGACUUUGCCGGGCCUUACUUUGUCUCAGAAGACAACAUGGCUUUUGGGAGGCCGACAAAAUACUGGAUGCUUGACGUCAGCAAAGUGUACGCAAGCGGCUCCAACGCCUGGGACACGGCAGUGCACGAUGCGUCGGAGGAGUAUAAGCACAGGAUGCACAACCUCUGCUGUGACAACUGUCACUCGCACGUCGCCAUGGCUCUGAAUCUAAUGAGGUAUGAAAACAGUACGUCGUGGAACAUGGUCAAUCUCUGCCUCCUCGCUCUGAUCCACGGGAAGCAUGUGAGCUGUGCCGGCUUCCUGAAAACCUGGCUGCCUUUCCUGAUGCUGUUGGGCCUCAUCCUCACAGUGGCCCUGGCCCUGAACCUCCGGUGACCUGGGAAACGGGGUCAAAGACACUGAGAACCCCCUGCAGGUCGGACAUGGGGGGCGGGGAGAUUGACCUUUUUUUAUCAACAACAAGAGAGAGGAGAGAGAGGGAGGGUGGGUGUCAUCACACGGAGUUGAAGACUCACCUACUCGAGGUGUCCGACUCGUGCGUGGUCUGUGGCGAGCGGGCUGCACGGCUCACACACACCAGGACCACACCAACUGCUCUGCUGACACCUGCAAAGCAUAGAAGAGGUGCUGCUGUGAAUCCUCUGGAGGGAAACACGUCCAUGCCUUGCUUUCAGAUUUUUUGAUGACCUUUACUUACUUUCACUCUGUAAUGGAUGAUAUUCAGUGCUUCCACAACACCACUUUUGUACCGGGGGGAGGAAAAACACGGUUAAGAUGCCUUUUUAGGGAACGGAUUGCAUUUCAUGCUUGAUCUAAUGUAGCUCUUCCACAGCCUAAAAGUGCCGCAGCGGAGUCUGAGUCUCCUGAAAAGGAACUAUUCUCUCAGAGAUUAUGUUACACACACACACAUCACCUCAUGGUACGACGCUUUCAUACAUGCAACUACAGGUCAUCGGAUCACGAUUGUAGCCUCGAACCUCAGCGAAUGUUCUCCUGGUUUUGUAAAAUGGUGCCAAAUAUGAAGAGAACGGUCGACCAAACUCAGACUGUGUCCUUUUGAAUAUGGAGCUGGUUGUUUAGUGGAAACGUGCGUUGUUGACGAUGUUGGA